GAAGUAGCAUUGGUUUAGCCGUUAGCCACUCUUGCCACUCACCUAGCCUUAACAAUGGCUUGUGAAUAUUCUUACUAACUGUCUGUGUAACUUUCAUGUAUAACAGAAACGUAUAGGAUAAUAUUACGAAAACAAAUCUUACACAGUCGUUACUUGAAUGUUUGCGGUUCUAUGUAAAGUUAACGUAGCGUAGACAUGACAACGUUAGCGUUAGCCUUUAGCUAGGAGCGUAUUCGUGAGAUAACGUUACCGCUUCACUGAACGAGCGCCUGUGAAUGAAUGAACAGUAUUUACGUCUGACAGGCUGUUACAAGCGUUAAUUUACACCAUAUAAAGUCAUGGCUACUGGUGCUGAUGUCAGGGAUAUUCUGGAGCUGGCCGGAGGAGAAAAUGACGGUCCCAUCAGCAAGAAAGACCUCAUCAACUCAGACAAGAAAAAAAGCAAGAAGACAACAGAAACGCUGACCUUCAAGAGACCAGAGGGGAUGCACCGAGAGGUCUAUGCUCUGCUCUAUUCAGAUAAAAAAGAUGCACCCCCUUUGCUGCCUAGCGAUACUACUCAGGGCUACAGGACAGUCAAAGCCAAGCUGGGCUGUAAAAAGGUGCGUCCCUGGAAGUGGAUGCCCUUCACCAACCCAGCUCGCAGGGAUGGGGCUAUAUUCCACCAUUGGAGACGUGUGGCAGAGGAGGGCAAGGACUACCCUUUUGCUCGCUUCAACAAAACAGUGCAGGUACCAGUGUACUCUGAGCAGGAGUAUCAGAUACAUCUCCAUGACGAUGGCUGGACUAAAGCAGAGACAGAUCACCUGUUUGACCUGUGCAAGCGCUUUGACCUGCGCUUUGUUGUCGUCCAUGACCGUUACGACCACCAGCAAUACAGAAAACGUUCUGUGGAGGACCUGAAAGAACGGUAUUAUAGUAUUUGUGGUAAGCUGACCAAAGUCCGCGCAGCUACAGGGACGGAACCCAAGAUCUACAUCUUUGAUGCCGGCCAUGAAAGACGUCGUAAAGAGCAACUGGACAAGCUCUUCAAUCGCACACCUGAACAAGUGGCAGAAGAGGAAUAUCUUAUUCAGGAGCUAAGGAAGAUUGAGACGAGAAAGAAGGAGCGGGAGAAGAAGACUCAGGAUCUGCAGAAACUCAUUAAAGCAGCUGACACAACCACAGAGUUAAGACGAGCUGAAAAGAGAGUUUCCAAGAAGAAGCUCCCACAAAAAAGAGAGACAGAAAAACCGGCUGUUCCAGAGACAGCAGGCAUCAAGUUCCCUGACUUCAAAUCAGCGGGAGUCACACUGCGCAGUCAGAGGAUGAAACUGCCAAGCUCAGUAGGCCAGAAGAAGAUCAAGGCCAUUGAGCAGAUCCUGCUGGAACAAGGAGUGGAUCUUAACCCCAUGCCCACAGAGGAGAUCGUUCAGAUGUUCAAUGAGCUGCGCAGUGACCUGGUGCUGCUGUACGAGCUGAAACAGGCCCACAGCAAUUGUGAAUACGAACAACAGAUGCUGCGUCAUCGUUACGAGGCCCUACUGAAGGCCGGCAGCGGAGGCGGGCUGAGUGGAAUUACAGGGGCCGGACCAGCCGCCGCAACACAGGGUGGAGAGCUCAAUGCCACCAACAGCACUACAGCAUCCACCCCAGGGGGUGAAGCUCCGUCCUGGCCCAGUGCAGACGACAUCAAGGUGGAAGCCAAGGAGCAAAUCAUUGAUGUUGUAGGAGCACCACUUACCCCCAACUCACGCAAACGGAGAGAGUCGGCAUCCAGCUCGUCUUCAGUGAAAAAGGUGAAGAAGCCUUGAUGAGAACGAGAGCACCAGCUGGUACACGGUGGAGGACAAGGGACUGUUCGAGUUACUCUGGUCACAGUGAAGACACCCACAGGUUUUAUGGUUGGACAACAGGGACACUGGGGGAGCAGGACACCACAUUGCUGUCAGAAGCACCUACGACUACACACACACACACACACACACAACUUUUCACCUACCAACGGAGACCUCUCCGAGCUCUCCCCAUCUGGCCUGCCGAGCAUCUUUGUGACAAAGGCAACAACUGAGUGACAUUUCAUUCCAUUACUGCUCGUCUCCCUGCCUCCACCAUUGCUCAGCCUUAGAUGAGGCAAGAUCAACUGUAAAUUGCCAGGCAGAGCUAAUCGGGACAUGGGGAAGAAGGUGGGAAUGACUGGGUAAUUGAAAUGAAUUGGAAUGAAAGAAGAGACUCUGGGAGUGGGAGGACCUCGAGCCGCAAUGCUCAUUUGACCCAUCUGAGGUUUUUUUGGUGCCUAAUCAUGCCAUAGUGUUUACUGGAAAUGUGUUUUUGUGUUAGCCUUUAGUAACCCCCUCCCUCCCCUCUGCAGCUCCCUCUCGACCUGGAGUGCGUCUCGCUCUACUUCCAUCUGCUGCCCGUGCUUUAUGUUAAGCUAGCGGGGCUCAUUUGUGUUGUUUGUCCUCAGGUGACCUUGAAGAUGCUUUCGUCAAUGAUUCAAUAAACCCCAUUGUUUUUUUUUCUUUC